AACAACAAUAACAGGGUCUACAACAACGGCAACUGAAUCCACAACUGCAGGGUCUACAACAACAACAACGGAAUCCACAACUACAACAACAGCAUCUACAACGUCAACAACAUCAACCACAAGGUCUACAACAGCAACACCAUCAACUGAAUCGCCAACAACAAUAACAGGGUCUACAACAGCAACACCAUCAACUGAAUCGCCAACAACAAUAACAGGGUCUACAACAGCAACACCAUCAACUGAAUCGCCAACAACAAUAACAGGGUCGACAACAGCAACACCACCAACUGAAUCGCCAACAACAAUAACAGGGUCUACAACAGCACCACCAUCAACUGAAUCGCCAACAACAAUAACAGGGUCUACAACAACGACAACUGAAUCCACAACUGCAGGGUCUACAACAACAACAACGGAAUCCACAACUACAACAACAGAAUCUACAACGUCAACAACAUCAACCACAAGGUCUACAACAGCAACACCAUCAACUGAAUCGCCAACAACAAUAACAGGGUCUACAACAACGGCAACUGAAUCCACAACUGCAGGGUCUACAACAACAACAACGGAAUCCACAACUACAACAACAGGUUCGACAUCAACGCCAACUGAAUCCCCUACUACAAUAACAGGAUCUAAAACGACAACAACUAAAUCCACAUCUGCAGGGUCUAGAACAACAACGGAAUCCACGACUACAACAACAGAAUCUACAACGUCAACAACAGCAACCACAGGGUCUACAACAACACCAUCAACUGAAACCCCAGCAACAACAACAGGGUCUACAACAACGCCGACUGAAUCCCCAACUACAUCAACAGGGUCUACAACAACGGCAACUGAAUCCACAACUGCAGGGUCUACAACAACAACAACGGAAUCCACAACUACAACAACAGCAUCUACAACGUCAACAACAUCAACCACAAGGUCUACAACAGCAACACCAUCAACUGAAUCGCCAACAACAAUAACAGGGUCUACAACAGCAACACAAUCAACUGAAUCCCCAACUACAUCAACAGGGUCUACAACAGCAACAUCAUCAACUGAAUCGCCAACAACAAUAACAGGGUCUACAACAACGACAACUGAAUCCACAACUGCAGGGUCUACGACAACAACAACGGAAUCCACAAGUACAACAACAGAAUCUACAGCGUCAACAACAUCAACAACAAGGUCUACAACAGCAACACCAUCAACUGAAUCGCCAACAACAAUAACAGGGUCAACAACAGCAACACCAUCAACUGAAUCGCCAACAACAAUAACAGGGUCUACAACUACGACAACUGAAUCCACAACUACAGGGUCUACAACGACAACUGAAUCCACAACUACAACAACAGGAUUUACAACAUCACCAACUCAGUCAACAACAGCAACCACAAGGUCUUCAACAGCGUCAACUGAAUCCACAACUACAGGGUCAACAAUAACACCGUCUGAAUCAACAACGACCACACCAGGGUCUAGAGCAACAACAACUGAAUCACCACCAACAACAACAAUAGCAACCACAAGCUCUACAACAACAUCAACUGAAACCACGACUACAUUGUCUACAAUAACACCAUCUGAAUCCACAACUACAACAACAACUGCAGUAAUAACUGCGAGUACAACGUCUGCCCCUGCUGAUCAGCAAGCAUCAGGAACGACAACUAAAUCAACAACAGCAAUCACAGAAUCUACAAGAACACCAACUGAAUCUACAACUGCAAGAUCAAUUGAAUCCUCAACUUCAAGAUCAACAAUAACAUCAUCUCCAUCACCAACAACAACAGAAAUAUCUUCAACAACAUCAACUGAAUUCACAACUUCAAGAUCAACAACACCAACUGAAUCAACGACAUCUGGGACAACAACGGAAUCCCCAACUACAACAACAGGAUCUACAACAACACCAAAUCAAUAUCCAUCUACAGCAACAGGAUCAACAUCACUAACUGAAUCAACAACGUCUGAAAUAACAACUGAAUCCCGAACUACAACAAAAGCAUCAACAAAGUCUACUGAAUACUUAAAUACAACAUUUUCUACAACAACAUCAUUUCAAGGCACUUCGCCGCCACCGCCCGGCUGUCCUGACUGGAAUGUAAAGCAAAAUGAGACAUUUUAUUUUUGCAACUGCUCCAUGGCCAGAUGCAUUGAGAACAACAAACUUGAAAUAGUCCCAAUUGAGUGUUCACCCAUUGAAAAAAUAACUUGCACCAAUGGAAAGGAGCCCGUUCUUGUGUUUGAUGAAUACCACUGCUGUCAACGCUAUGUUUGUGACUGUGUAUGUGAAGGCUGGGGACAUCCUCAUCACAUCACUUUUGAUGGGUUGUACUACAGUUUCCAAGGAAAUUGUUCUUAUGUUUUGAUGGAGGAGAUCACACCAAAAUUUAACCUGAAGAUUCAUAUUGACAAUAUGUUUUGUGAUCCCAUUGAUGAUGUUUCCUGUUCCCGAUCAAUAACUGUAUUCUACGGAUCACUGGUGGUCAAACUGAUCAAUGGUAAUCUUAAUGGAGCUCCACAGUUAGAGGCAUUAAAAAAUUCUUCGGAUAGGCUGAAGUUGCCAUAUUCACACCACAAUGUUACAAUAGCAAAUUCUGGUAUAGCACUGAUCUUGAAAAUCUCUCAACUGGACGUGGUUAUUUCAUUUGGAAGGACAGGCUUCAGAGUUCAUCUUCCAUUUCAACAUUUUGGCAGUAACACAAAGGGUCACUGUGGAACAUGUACCAACAAUCAGGCCGAUGACUGCAUGUUGCCUGGAGGACGGCUUGUGAAGAAUUGCACUGCAAUGGCUGGUCAUUGGGGCGAUGAAAAAGCUAACUGCAAAAGGCCACCAGCAUUGCCCAUGAACACACCUGAGCCCCCACAUGAACUUAGCCCAUGCAGGAAUGAUUCCUUAUGUGAGCUGCUCAAAAGCAAACAGAGUGUUUUUGCAGAGUGCCAUGACCUUGUUUCGCCAGACAAUUUCUACCAAGGUUGCGUUUUCGAUGGCUGCCGUGCUUCGGAACCAGCCUUGGAGUGCACAAGUCUGGAGACUUAUGCUGCUGCCUGUGCUGAGGCAGGAGUGUGCAUCCACUGGAGGAACCACACAAGCAUAUGUGAAAUUGAUUGCCCAUCGAACAAAAUACACAAGCCAUGUGGUCCCGUGGAACAACAAACCUGUGAAGACAAUCCCAACAAGCUGACCACGGACGUCAUGACAGAGGGUUGUUUUUGUCCUGAUGGAAUGAAACUGUUCAACAAAUACUCCAACAUAUGUGUUGAAAAGUGUGGGUGUCUUGAUCCUGAGCGCAUUCCUCGGGAGUUUAAUGAAAAGUUUGAAUACAAAUGCCAAGACUGCGUCUGUGAAGAGUCCAUGACUGUGACUUGCAAGCCAAAGGUGUGUCCAAUACCAGCUACAUCCCGCUGCACCACCGCAGGGUUCAUCCUUGUCAACCAAACCAGUCCGUUGGAUCCCUGCUGCUUCGACCGCGUUUGCCAGUGUCAAAUCAACUCUUGCCCAGUUUCCAAUAUGAGCUGCCCAACUGGAUAUAGACUGACCAUCAGUGUUCCUAAGGGAAAAUGUUGUCCAGAACAUACAUGUGAGCCGAAAAGAGUUUGUGUGGACAGAGAUAUUGAAUACCCGCCUGACUCUCCAGUUCCUCGGGGUUCAUGUGAGAAAUGCAUGUGUGCAACAAAUACCACCACCUCCGGUGGUCUGCUUGCAGUGUCUUGUGUGCACCAACAAUGUAAAACAAACUGUACAAAGGGUUAUACAUAUAUGGAACCUGAUUCCAGCAAAUGCUGUGGGAAGUGUGUACAGACUCACUGCAUCAUCAAUGUUACAGAUAUUCAGCAGCUCCUCCAGGAAGGCGAAACAUGGUCACUACCCGGGAAUAAGUGUGAGUUAUAUACCUGUGUUAGGAAGGGAGACAAAUUAACAACAGUUAAUUCAAACAUUACCUGCCCGCCAUUCGUAGAGAGCAACUGCCAUCCUGACACAAUUCAGACUGCAGCGGAUGGCUGCUGUAAAACCUGCAUGGAGAAGCAGAAGACCUGCAGGUUAAUACCUAUGAAAACAAACAUCACUGUAAAAGGCUGCAGCUCAAGCGACGAGGUUGAUAUGCCAUAUUGCGAGGGAUCCUGCAACACUUUUACCAGAUAUUCUCAAUCAGCGGAUGCUUUGCAGCAUUCUUGUGCCUGUUGUAAAGAGACGCGCUCCACUGAACGUACCAUUAAACUCGUUUGUGAUUCUGCCGAACCGAGGACCUUCUCGUACAUUUUUGUGGAGCAGUGUGGUUGUGGCGACAGAAACUGCACCAGUACAGCUGCGUCACCGACACGCAAGAGGCGAAGCUUCACACUGACCUGAUGAAAUACUUCAAUCAUGGAGUCAUGAGUGACAAACACUCAUUUCCACAAUAUACUAACAAUCAUCUAGUUCCUAAUCAUUUUCAUUAAAAUUGUAGUAGUAAGUUUUUAGUUUCAAUCCGGUGAUUAAAUAAAGAUAUGC